GAGAUGCGGGAAUACACAAUUCCAAAGGAAAGAGAUUGAGAAAAAGAAACGAGAAGGGGGCGCUAGGGUUUUGGCGUCCGAAAUCGCAGCCAUCGACGCCGCCGCAUCCAACUCCGGCGAGCGAGCAGAUUCCAGGUCGGCGGCGGCCCCUAAUCCCCUCUAUCGGCAGCGCAGAUGGCGUCCGGCGGCCCGGCUCUCGAGUCGCUCGUCGACCAGGUCAUCUCCGUCAUCACCAACGAUGGCCGCAACAUUGUGGGCACGCUCAGGGGAUUCGACCAGGCCACCAACAUUAUCCUCGACGAGUCCCACGAGAGGGUCUAUUCUACAAAGGAGGGAGUCCAACAACUUGUUCUUGGUUUGUACAUUAUCAGGGGUGACAACAUAAGCGUUGUGGGUGAGGUGGAUGAAGACUUGGAUGCAAGGUUGGAUCUGUCGAAGCUAAGAGCGCACCCACUGAAGCCGGUCAUCCACUGAUCGCUGCUGCCAGAUCAGAUGCACUUGUUUGUUGGGUAGCUUGUGGACUGGAUGCGUCGGUAUUCUGAUUAUUGUUGAAUGCGGGAUGUAGCAUCGUCGUCGAGGGUAACUGAGUAAUAUGAACGCUGUAUCUUGCUUACAAUUGUGAAUCAAUGAAUGUGUGUUGGCUGUCGGGUUGCACGUA